AUGGUUAACAUGUAUGAAGAUGAUGUGUUGGAGAUAUUUGUCGGGACGCAGAAUCGGGAAAACUAUUACCGGUCGGGAGACGACGUGAUAGUGAUGUGCGUUUACAGUGCCGUCAAAAAUGCCAAACAGUUAAGGAUUAGCGUUCAUAAGUGUAUUAAUCAGAUAUGCCGUGAAUUGUACGCCACAAACAAAAAUUUUGUACCAAUUAAUGGUGUGAAUCGUAUCGUUGACGAGAGUGUGCCCGGUAUGGUGUACCUGACAAUACCCGGUGCCGGACCCAACACAGGUGGUCGGUAUCAGUGCAAAAUGGAUUAUAGAGAGCCCCGUAAUAAUCACUACAAGUCUAUCGCCACUGAAUAUGAAAAUUUGCUUUUGAAAAGCAGAUUUAAUUAA